AGUCUGAACAAACAGCCUGAAACGACGACUUUCCAACACGUCCGGAAAAGAAAAUAGGACAGAACAUAUUGUAUAAUAAUAAUAAUAAAAAACAACAGACAAGUCUGUUGUUCCUGUUCUAAUCUCUGGACCAUGUCAUACAACUGAAUCUAAUUGCAAUUCCUGUGAGCCGUGGCAAAGCUUUUGAAUUUAGUGCCUCUCCUCUCUGUUUACCCUUCCAGAUAUUGCAGAUACAGCAAGAUCAUGAGUGGGACUUCGGAAAAGAAACUUGUAAGAAUCGAUGUUAGUUCUGAUACUGUAUGCCCAUGGUGCUUUGUUGGCAAAAAAAAUCUAGACAAGGCCAUAGCUGCCUCCAAGGAUAAAUACAACUUUGAGAUAAUAUGGCAUCCCUUUCAACUUAGCCCUGAUGCCCCUAAAGAAGGCAUUGACAAGAGGGAGUAUUACAGAAGAAAAUUUGGAUCUCAAUCAGAACGGAUGGAAGCUCGGAUGUCAGAGGUGUUCAAGAAUGUUGGCUUGGAAUAUAGCUUGUCUGGACUCACGGGAAACACUAUUGACAGCCACAGGCUUAUAUAUUUUGCUAGGCAGCAGGGUCUUGACAAGCAACAUGAUCUAGUUGAAGAACUUAACAUUGGCUAUUUCACACAGGGAAAAUACAUUGGUGACCAUAAGUUUCUUCUGGAAUCUGCUGCAAAGGUUGGUAUAGAAGGAGCAGAAGAGUUUCUUAAGGACCCCAACAAUGGUUUGAAGGAGGUUGAGGAGGAGCUCAAAACUUACUCAGGAAACAUUUCAGGGGUUCCAUAUUACGUGAUUAAUGGGAAUCACAAGUUGAGUGGUGGACAACCCCCUGAAGUCUUCUUGAGAGCUUUUCAAGUUGCUACAAGUUAGAAUUUCACCUUCUCACAUUUUCUGCUUCCCUCUAUAAGAAUGAAACCUUGGAAAUAAAAAGUUGGCCAUUCACUGCUUUAUAAUACUCUAUCAAAUGUGAAACUUGUAUGGAUAUAAUGUAAGACAAUAUUCAUAAUUCAUGUCUUAUAUAAUUAUAUCACCGUUUGUGUCUUUGAACGUGCACCGGAUGCAACCAUAAUAAAUUGAAUGACUUACUGUUUAAUUGGCA